AUGUCCCGCCUCCCCGUCUCGCGACCACAGAAUGCAGCUGGGUUUCGAAGCUGGCUGAAAUGGCAGGUUGUCGGCAAGAAUGGGCCGCUGCUGCGUCGGCUGAAGCUUAUGUCGGUGGCACUCAUUGCGCCUGAGCUCAUUCUUGGCUUUGCGGCCAGACAAUGCUUGAUGGCGCGGUCUUUCUCACAAGACUACGGGGUCCCGCUGACCCAUGGCUUCUUCAUCGUUAUGGGCGGCUUUGUCGAUGUUGAUGAACAUCCUAUUAAAUCCACGCCGUCAAAAGAGUCCGACAUCGAUGACAAGAGCAAAGGGGACCUGUUCUCGAAAGGCAUUGCCCUUUGUCAAGGGCUUUGGUUUAUCGCCCAGUGCAUCGCACGAAGGCUGCAGCGGCUCCCUCUAACGUCGCUCGAAGUGGCCACAUUGUCAUUCGCGGUGCUCAACGCGCUGACGUGGCUAUUCUGGCUGGGUAAGCCGCUCGAUGUGCGCAAUCAAAUCAAGCUUCCUGUCCGCACCAGCCCCCCAAACCACACCGCCAGCCCUCCGUACCCCGCCAGCGCCUCGUGGCUCGACCGCUUCCUCAGUGUAUUCGUAAACGCCUACCACGAGGCCGACUACGAUCCCCUGUCCAACACGGCGGUUCCCACGUUCUGGUGCACCACCGUAUCCAAUUACAUCGACAUCCGCAGCUCCACGCGGGCGCAUUGGCUGCCGUGGACCCUCACGGACGCGAUCCCGUUCUUGUCCGGGACGCUGUUUGGCGGCAUCCCACUGCCUCGCGUGGCGCGCCGCGUUCCCUUCCCGUGCCGAAAUGUGGCUCUGGCGCAGCUCCGCGCUGGUACUAACUGUGGCGCCCCCGGUCUUCCUUAG